AUGAAGGUCUCUGCGGCUUUAGAGAUCUUGAUUCUUCUUGCUGUCUUAAUUUGGCCUUGUGCUGAGAACAUCAGUGUGAAAAUAAGGUGUUCUUUGGAUUGGGUGAGGUUCUCCGUUAGCCCUUCUACUGAGAGCAGAAACAAUCUAUACAAACGUGCUGCUGAACUGUCUCUGGGAAUGGGCUGCCCUGUGAGUUGUAUACAAACAUACUUGUACCAUUUUGUAUACCCUACUCAGGGGAUGCAUGCUGGGAUUAAAGGCGUGAGCCACCACACCCGGCUUGCAGUCCUCUUUCUAACUGAGGUAUUAUGCUUUACACCAAGGAAUAGCCACUGGGACUCUCAGACCAUCCUUUUGGAGUGUUCUGCAUCUAGGAAAUCAGUAUGGCUUGUAGCAGUUUGUAAUGAUGAUGAAAUAAAAUUGAAACCAAGUCCCUUUAUGGAUAACUUUGAAGCAAGACCAGAAGAAUUAGGAUUACUAAAUUUUCAUCAAGAUGUCUCCUAUUAA